AAGCCGCCAUUUCAAAGCGCUAAGGGGCCACAGAAGCUGUAGGGGUUUUUGUAAACAUUUUUUUUUAUUUUUCUAAUAUAUUUUUAUUUUUAUUAUCAAGUUGGAAAAAAUAUAUUACUAUUUAAUCUACCUCGCCUGCACCACCAACUGAAAUGGAUGCAGACACAGAAGAGAAGAUGACAGAAACUUCAAAGACUUCCAAGGAUGAAUCUGAGAGACCUGUAAUCGAGAAUAAAUCCAGGGGUCGUGGGUUCAAAGGCCGUGGUAGAGGGGGUCGGAUGAUUCGUGGUGGCAUGCGUGGUGGAAGAGGCAUGAUAAAGGGGUUUGGUCCACCUGGACAUGGGAGGGGUCGAAUGAAGGAUGGAGCCAUGAAUGGACUUGCACCCAUGAGGGGAAUGGGGAGAAUGCGCCCUUACCCAGAUCUUAGAGGCCAUCGAGGUAGGGGUGGACCAAUGGGUAUGGGCCCGCCUCCUCCUCCUCCCCCCCCACCUCCCAUGCACCUCAGAGGCCCCUUCCCACCUAUGCCCAGGCACGGACCCCCUCCACCUCCUCCUCCAGGUCAUCCUGGUUUCAGAGGGCGCCCACCUCACCCUCGAGGCCGUGGUAUGCUGCCUCCUGGACCUCCACGCCACUUUCAUCCCCGCGGCCCAAGAGGCUACCACAAUGGACCGGUCUCUCCUCCGCCUCAUCCCCCACCUGGCAGAGGCCAGAGGUGGCCAGGGCCCCCUGGUGGCCGACGCUUUUAACACAGCCUGCCCUAAAAACAAUAACCAUGCACUUGUUAAUGGGGCCUAAAGUGGUGCAGUGAAUGAAACGCCCUGAACUAUGUGUUAUACAAAGUCUCUGAGUAUCUUUAUUACAUACUCUGUGGCCAAAUGUCUGGUUAUUGAUAUUGUCUACUGGCAGAGAAAUAAUGUGAAAUGACUAACUACAACCGAGGACACAUAAAAUGCCUCAAAACUUAACAUUGUAAAGGCAUUCUUACAUUCUGUUACCUAUAAAUACUGUUGGUACUGUAGGAACUAUUUGACUUUGUUGAGAAAAAGCUGUUAA